AUGGCGCUACGUCUGCUGCGGAGGGCGGCGCGCGGAGCGGCGGCGGCGGCGGCGGCGGCGCUGCCGAGGCUGGAAGCUUCUCUGGCGGCUGAUGUGCCCAGGCUUGGCUAUAGUUCCUCAUCCAAUCACAAGUAUAUUCCCCGGAGGGCAGUGCUCUAUGUACCUGGAAACGAUGAAAAGAAAAUAAAGAAGAUUCCAUCCCUGAAUGUAGAUUGUGCGGUGCUCGACUGUGAGGAUGGCGUGGCCAUGAACAAAAAGAAUGAAGCUCGAUUAAGAAUAGUAAAAACUCUUGAAGACUUUGAGCUGGGCCCAACCGAAAAGUGUGUGAGAAUCAACGCAGUGUCCAGUGGCCUGGCUGAAGACGAUCUGGAGGCCAUCCUGCAGUCCCGGGUCCUUCCUUCCAGCAUAAUGCUACCCAAGGUGGAAGGUCCCGAGGAAAUCCAGUGGUUUUCAGACAAAUUUUCAUUCUACUUAAAAGGCCGAAAACUUGAACAACCUAUGAAUUUAAUCCCUUUUGUGGAAACUGCAAUGGGUUUGCUCAAUUUUAAGGCAGUGUGCAAAGAAGCCGUGAAGGCCGGGCCUCCAGUGGGCCUUUUCCUAGAUGCUGUCGUUUUCGGAGGAGAAGACUUUCGAGCCAGCAUAGGUGCAACAAGUAGUAAAGAAGCCCACGAUAUUCUCUACGCCCGACAAAAGAUCGUUGUCGUGGCGAAGGCCUUUGGUCUCCAGGCCGUAGACCUGGUGUACAUCGACUUCCGAGACCAAGAGGGGCUUCUGAGGCAGGCGAGAGAAGGAGCGGCAAUGGGAUUUACGGGUAAGCAGGUGAUACACCCUAACCAAAUUGCAGCCGUCCAGGAGCAGUUUUCUCCUUCCCCUGGAAAAAUUAAGUGGGCUGAAGAACUGAUCGCCGCCUUUCAAGAGCAUCAGCAAUUAGGAAAGGGAGCCUUUACUUUCCGAGGGAGUAUGAUCGACAUGCCAUUACUGAAGCAGGCCCAGAACAUUGUUACGCUUGCCACAUCCAUCAGGGAAAAAUGA